ACACGUACCAAGCGUAGCGCGCCUAGCCGCGUGAGUUCAGCGCGGCUGGGGAGACGCAUGGAGGUCACCGGCGCCGCUCGCUGCGUAGGUCUCGCGCUGGAGAAGGGUCUGCUGAGUGUGGCGCUUUGGCCUCACCUUCUAGAAGUAUCACCUCUCUGCCCCCCGGGCCGUCAUGGCAGCGCACCUGGUGAAGCGGUGUUCGUGUCUGCUGAGAGAAGCCACUCGCCUAGCCCCUGCUCUGGCUCCAGUUGGCCAGCUACGACUUGCCAGAGUGGCCCAUAAGACUCUGACCUCCUCAGCCACCUCCCCCAGUUCCUGUUCCCCAAGUUUCUUCAAGGAGCUGUUGGAAAAGGAGCCGGUAUUCACCCCUUUCCCAGAGCAGCAAGAGGUGGACAGGCUCAUUGAGAAGGCCACCAGGCCAGAGGAGCUGCUCAAGCUGGUGGAUGGUGGUCACGGCCUGCACCACAAUCACGCGGCCCUCAUCCUCAUUCGGCUCUCUCGCCUGCUGUCCCAGCAGCCUCAGGACAAGGCAUUGCUUCUAAAAGACAAGCGAUUUCAGCAGCUUCUCCAUAUGGUCAGCAGUCAGGUGUCCGGUGUGUGGCACGGGACCCUCGUGAAGCUGCUGCGGAGCCUGUACACACUGCCGCUGCCUGAGACCUCACAGGAGCUGCAGUCGGUGGAGCAGGAGGUGCGCUGGCGCCUGCGCAGGCUCAAGUACAAGCACUUGGCCUUCCUGGCAGAGUCCUGCGCUACGUCCACACAAGGGCAGUCCGCCCGCGAGCUGCUGGGCGAGCUCCUGGUGCACCUAGAGAGGCGCUGGACGGAGAUCGAGGAUAGCCGCACAUUGGUGGCCAUCAUGGCAAAGGCAGGCCACCUCUCAGAGUUGCUGAUGACCCGCCUGGAGGAUAAGUGCCUGGAGCUGGUGGAGCGGUUUGGCCCUGAUGAGCUGCGGAAGGUGCUCCUGACGCUGGCAGCUCAGGGCCGGCGGUCGGUGCCCCUGCUGCGGGCCAUCUCCUACCACUUGGUGCAAAAGCCCUUCCCUCUGACGAAAGGCACGCUCCUGGACCUGGCCUACGCCUAUGGCAAACUCAACUUCCACCAGAGCCAGGUGUGCCAACGCCUGGCCGCUGACUUGCUGCCCCUCAUGCCUAGCCUGACACCCAGUGAGGUGGCCCGCUGCGCUACGUCCUUCGCUUUCCUCAAGUGGCUCAACAUGCCCCUGUUUGAAGCCUUUGUCCAGCACAUCCUGCGCAGAGCCCCAGAGGUCACCACAGCCCACCUCUGCAGCAUCCUUCUGGCGUUUGCACGUCUGAACUUUCGUCCAGAGCAAGAGGAACAGUUCUUCAGCCAGGUGCAUGAGCGAUUGGGGCCAGUGCUGGCAAGCCUGGAGCCGGCCCUGCAGGUGGAUGUGGUGUGGGCGCUCUGCGUGUUGCAGCAGGUGCAGGAGGCUGAGCUGCAGGCCGUCCUGGACCCCGGGUUCCACACACGCUUUCUUGGGGCCACAUCUCCAAAGGACCAGAGCACCUUCCAGAAGCUGCUGCACAUCAAUGCCACUGCCCAGCUAGAGCACCCAGAGUACCGGGGCCCCCUCCUGCCAGCCAUGGCCGUGGACCCCACGCCCUUUGCUCCCGACCGGAAGGUGACCCUUCUGCAGCAGGAGUUCCGGGAAGCACUGCGGGCGCUGCUAGGGAGCGCCAGCCUGGGCAGCUUCGAUGUAGCCACGCAGUACGGCUGGGUGCUGGAUGCGGAGGUGCUGCAGGAUGCAGAUGGCCAGUUCCUGCCUCUGAGGGACUUUGCUGCCCCUCACCUUGCCCAGCCAGCUGAGAGCCGCCUGCCGCCCCCCGGGUCCAGGAGACUCGCCAUCCUGCUCUGGGAGUUCCCCAACUUCAACAGCAAAAGCAAGGACCUGCUGGGGCGCUUCGUCCUGGCCCGGCGGCACUUGCAGGCUGCCGGCUUCCUGUUGGUGGACGUCCCAUACUACGAGUGGCUGGAACUCAAGUCCGAAUGGCAGAAAGGUGCCUACCUCAAGGACAAGAUGCGCAAAGCGGUGGCUGAGGAGCUGGCCAAGUGAUGUGCCACCUCAUUGUAACCCUCUGGACUGCGUACCCAGGCUUACUCAGAGGCCAGUGGUGUAUGCUGCGUAGCAAGAGGGGUCACCCUUGAGGACAGACAUCCUGGUGGCCCGCGGCCAAACUAAGGGUGACCAGCUGCUCCCCACGAGAGACAAGUCUGUUGUGGUUAAUAAAUCAUUAGUGUUGGUGUUCAGCA